CCAACCCAACCAUGAGGUGUUUCAUCACACUUGUGCUGUUCAUGUGCGCCAACUGGCGUCUGACAGAAGGAACUGCAUACGCCUCAGAACUCAAGACCGAGACCAAGAUGUUUGGACCCAGAGGCAAGGCCCGUGUGAUAGACAUGCCAUACUGUGAGUGGGAGGGCAUCAAGAUGAUGAUCGGCAGUGGGUGGAGGACGGUCGGGUGUGAGGAGUGCUCCUGUAGUGAUGAAGGACUUUUCUGUGCAGGCCCUGGCCUGUACACCAUCCCUGACCACUGCCUGAUGUUGGUGAAUGAGAAUUGUGAGACAGAGAUGGUCGACGCAAACGACCCGCUCUCCCCAUGCAUCUUCCCUGGACCAGACGACAAGCAGUAAGCUGCAGUACCAGCAACAGUCACUAGGGUUCUCCGGGAUCCUAAAUAUAGUGCCCCCUUUUCUCAAAAAUGCAGGCCAGUAUUUUAUCCUGAUUGUGUAAAAGUUACUAAAACACAAAAAAUUGCCUGCCAGGGGCCAAUACUGUAUUUGAUGACCUUCAGAGUCUUGUGCAAGACAACUACCUGUUUGUCAAGGUUUGCAUUUGUAGAUUUCAUUGUAUUAUUAACUGAGCAAGAUCAUUCUGUAGAUAGCUUCAUGAUAUAAAAAAUAUUCAAGUUGAUAAUUUUUAAAUUCCAUAUGUACUAUCUGUAUAUGUCAAUAAAGUGCCAUGUUAAAACCACUUA